UUUCGAAGAUGAGUACUCAGGGGUGCCUGUUGUUGUUGUGGCGGUGGUGACACCAAUGGUACUCGUGCAACCUGGAUCCCUUCCACCGCAACUUGUGCAACCUGGACUCUUCCAGCGCUCACUACAGUGAUGUUUGAGGUGUGAGGAAGCUAUGGAUCGCGACUUGGCGAGCGACAGAUUUAUGGAGUUUGAUGGGGAUGAUGAUGCCUUACUUAUUCAAAGGAUCGACUCGAACGAGAUCAUCUACUGUCCUCCAAAAAGAAAGUACAAGUUGGUUGGCAAAUAUGUAAUGGGUGACAAAUUGGGAGAAGGAAGCUAUGGCAAAGUCAAAGAAUGCCUGGAUUCAGAUACCCUCCAGCGACGGGCGGUGAAGAUUAUGAAACGCAAGACCCUUCGAAGAAUUCCAAAUGGUGAUCAGAAUGUUCAACGUGAAAUAAGACUGCUGCGACGACUGAAACAUCGGAAUGUUAUUAGUUUAUUUCAUGUGUACCACAAUGAUGAAAAAGGCAAAAUAUACAUGGUGAUGGAAUUUUGUGUCACAGGACUCCAGGAAAUGCUGGAUAGAGCCAAAGAUAAAAAGUUUCCAAUAUGGCAAGCACACAUGUACUUCGUGCAACUUGUGGAGGGGUUGGAAUACUUGCACAGUAGAGGUGUUGUCCACAAAGACAUCAAGCCAGGGAACCUUCUUCUAAGUACGGACAGCAGUCUCAAGAUAUCAGAUUUUGGGGUUGCAGAGCAACUAGAUGUAAUGACAGGAUGUGACGAGAUAACUACCAGUCAAGGUUCACCCCUUUUCCAGCCUCCAGAGGUGGCUGGAGGAGCAAGAGUAUUUCCUGGAUUUAAGGUGGAUGUUUGGAGUGCUGGGUGUACGCUCUUUAACCUGACCAGUGGAAAGUAUCCAUUUGAAGGAGAAAACAUGUUUCGUCUCUUUGAAAACAUAUGCGAGAAGCCUUUAGUUUUACCGGAAGAACUGGACCCUGUGCUCAAAUCUCUGCUAGAGGGGAUGCUGGUGAAGGAUCCUUAUCAACGCAUGUCACUGGCACAAGUCAAAAUUCAUGACUGGUGUUGUAAGAAGCAUCCACACACAGAUGAAGAAGUUUCAGUGGGAGGAGAUGAUGAUCGUCACAGCAUAACCAUCGUCCCGUACCUGCGUUACCAUUAUUAUGAUUCUGAAUCAGAAGAUGAGCUAAUCACUGAGCAUGAACUGAAUGAAUCGAGGAAUCAGGCAGAAAAUCGGUCCGAGAUGUCUCCUGCAGAUCUCCAGGAGACUCGUGGUGCCCACAACAAGAGGAGGAGACGUAAACCAAUCUCUUGCAUUAGUGUCAAAUCGAUUGCUUCCUGCAAGCAGUCUUGACACUACACAUGCACACCAUAUUGAUGUUGUUAUCCGGCAAGAGUUCACCAUGGACCGGGUUGCAGGAUGCGAUAUGCCCGUGGUGUCCCGUUUUCCCAGCAUAACACUUUGAAACUGCUGAUGGUUUGGCCUCUACCACUUUCUCACUUACACCAGUAGGUUGAUAGUAGAAGGGUGGGACCAAAGAGCCGAAGCUCAACCCCUGCAAGCACAACUAGAUGAAAUGGCAAUGCCAUCUGGCCAUCUGCUCCUUGCACCUCAUGUGAAGGGGGCCAGAUUUUGGCACUGGUUCCUGGUAAGCCAAAUGAACUCUACCAACUGAUGUGACUGGUAUAUUCAAAUAGUCUCUGCAAGAAAGCUACAGGGAGGCACUGGUAUACCAAAAAGAGAGGGGUUAUAUUACAUUAAAUGCUGGGUUUUUACUUGCAAAACUUAACAUUUUAUUCUGUUUCUAAAUUGCUAUAUUAAUAAUAAUUGACAUUUCUCUGGCUAUUAUUACCUUAAGAAAUAAACCCUGUUAUUAUACAUAGAAAGUUGUUAAAUUGUAAAAUUUUUGAAGCAUGGGGUAUCAUUGUGCCCAAAAAUACUUUAGCAAAAUAUUAAGUUUGAGACCAUUUUUUGUAUUUUUCUUCAGUUACCCAUACUUAUUAAAAAAAAAUCCCCAUAAAUCUUCAAGAAAAAGUAAAUCUUGAACUAAGGGCUUAGUCUUUAUCCAGAUUUGAGUAAUUUAUAUCAAUAUUUGAAUUUAAUUAAUAUGAAAUUCUGUAUAGCCAAGGAAAUAUAUGGAUUUGUUAUAUUAUUCAUAUUUUCCAUAUUUAUAACUCAUUUGGAAAGAGACUUGUCAUAUUAAUUGUUCAAAUAUUUUUAGAUUAGUGUACUGUAAGGGUUAAGGUAAGAUGAAUGAAAUGAUAUUUUAAGCUUCAGUGCGGAGAAUGUGACUUGUCUGCUCAGUGAAGAUGAAAGGAAACUGUUGAUGUGUUUGACAUUAUUUUAAAAGUUGUGCUUGGGGCCAUGCUUAAAAUGAUUUUAAUAUGCCUUAAUGCAGAGAAGGUUAAUACUUUUUAUAGGAGAAUCAAGAUCAAAUUUAGCAGUACAGUAUCUCGAACAUUUUUGUAAACAACUUGAUUCAAUUUUAAGGACUUAUUUAAGGCUUUUUUAUUUAAUUGUAAUGAUUGUGACUAAAGAAAUAUGAAUAUCCUACUCAGAUGGAAGUUGUAUUCAGCUUGAACACAUGUUCAAAUCAUUGUGCCCUCUGCAACUACUUAAUAAUGUACCAGUCUUGUCAUAAGCCCCUUUGGCUGUGUGACAAACUCAUUCCGCCAGUAUGUGAGGCAUUUGGGAUAAUUCCUAGGACAUGUAUAGCAUUUUUGGUGAGUGGAUUUCCUUUAUCUGGUUAUCUACUGGUGAAAUAAUUAAAUUAUAUGAUGCUCCACAUUACUGUUAAGGACUCAGGUCAAUAAUAGUCAAGUCGUGUCUCCAUGUUGGCACUUGGACUUGUAAUGGAACCACAUUUGGUUCUGUUGUAUAAUAAUGGAGGUAUGCUCCAAUUAGCUAACGUGACCUGUCACUCUCCUCCCUUUUCCCCGCCCCUUGGCAGCUAUAUUGCAGGCUUCACGGGCCUGUGAGCCAGAUAACCUCCAUUAUAAUGCAUUUAUGUCUGUGAGUGAUGUUAUAUGUUAAUAGUAAGAACCUUGUUGUACAGUAGUGAACUACUACACUUAAUAACUAUCUCAGUUGAGUCUGGUGGCAUGAACAUAUUUGCAAUAAUUGAGAUGUAUGUCAUGUAUUAUGAAGUCUGACUAAUGUAGCAAGCUUUGCGCUUGCUUAUUCCAAGAUAUGAUUUUGCAGUUAUGCCAUGCAAAUAUAAUUGUUCAUAUUAUUUGUAAUGAAGGAAGAAGGUACUAGUACCUCAUGUGUGUGUAUAUAUAUACAUAUAUAAAUAUAUUUCUUAUGACUAAGAAUGUUUUAUAAAGCAAGUUAGUUGAUCAGAAAGCAUUAUUAAUUAAUCAGUUCAUAUCAUAUGCAUAGUUAAUAUAAAUGUUAAAUAUUAAGUGAUUGUGAGCAUUCAAUUGUUGAAUUUUUUAGUACAUAAUUUUUACAUGAUUUAUCAGUAUACCAGGUUUGCUUUUCAUCUUUUUCAACAUUAAAUUAAAUAGCUUAAAAGAAAAGCAUCUGGGUUCCAUUGUGGAAAUGUGUACUUUUUGCCAAAUUAAUUGGCAACCAUGCUAGAACAGGAGGAAUGAGCUAGUCAGGUAAUGCAUAACUGAGUGAUAAUCAGUGCACAUAUCUGCUUGGGAACAGAGUUAAAAUCUAAUGCACUGCAUUAAAGUCUAUUAGCAUAUGGUCAUGGAAGGCAUAUGUGAUUAAGACUAAUGAACUAAAUAUAACUUUUACAUGAUCACACUGCCCCACCUAAUGUAACUGUAUCAUCACCAGUGCCAUAUUACUCGUAUGCUUUAUUAAUAAAUAUUGUAUACAAUUUUUUUUUA